GGCGUGGGUGGCAAGCUCUGUAUUCCCGUCCCUACCACUCGACCUGCUUUAGUUUAUCCCUGUGAUCUUUCUGGGUUCUUUUAAAAAAAUUCUCUUUAGUCGUGAAAAUUUUAUGCAUAUAUACAAUGAAAUAUGAUCAUAUCCACCCCUAUGGAAAUUUCUCAUUCCAAGUCCUAUAUGUUCCCAAUAUGCCUCUCUAUUUAUUGUUGUUGUUGUUGUUAUUUCGCCAGUUAGUGUUGCCAGUAUGUGCAUGUGUGUUCGGAAAGGGAAUCCUAUCAGUGGCUAUUUCCUCCAAACAGAACGAUUCUCAAAAAAUAUUGUUAAUUGCCAGUACCUACUUAGUAAGUUGUGGGUCUGGACAGUACCUCUCCCCAUCCCUAUGCUUGAUUUUGUGUAGGUAACCACAGCUGUUGUGAGCUCCUAGGUACAAUAACCCUGCCAUGUCCAGGAGACAACAUUUCACAGAACUCUUCCAUGUCUAGAAGAUAGCAUUCCACAGUGUUCUCCUCCAUCCUCUGGCUUUUACAUUCCUUCUGUCUCCUCUUCUGAGAAGCUCCCUGAGCAGUGGGGGAGGCAGCUGGUGUUAGGUAUAGAUGUCCCAUUUACAACUGAGCACCUUGUCUCUUAUCGUUAGCAUUUUUUGACCUUUUAUGCAUCUCUUUGUUGACUGCUCCUUGAAUAAGCUCCUAGGUAUGGUGGAGGAAAAAGUUUAUUGUAGAUAAAAAGGAGAACAUAGCCAGAGUCAGAGAUAUCUGGGAGAGUCCACAGUGGACAUGACCCUGAGACCUGUGAGGAGAAGGGGGAGGGGAAAGGAGAGGAGAGAGAGGGUAACUGGGUGCAGCAGCUAGGAGGCCAAAGGUACAAAGGCAAGUGACCAAAAUGGUUGAAUUGUAUAGGGAAUAGUAGCCCAGCCCUUUGGGCUGGAGAGUUCAGAGUAGGGGGUGGUAUGCCAGCCAGGAGGUCCCAUAAUCGGGAGGUGCAGAGGGGUGCUGGGAGAACCUGGUGGGCAGUGUCUGCUUUGAAAUGUUAAGUAGGCUCCUCAGCCAUUUGUCCCAGGAUUUGAGACGUAACACUGCCCACUGCAGAAAGAAGCAUCUCUGAUCAAGUUUGAGUGCUAGUGGCCAGAUCUCUGAGUCUAAACAUAAAUAUUUAUAAGGCACCUUGGCAGCAUAACCGUUUAGCAAAAUAACAAAAUCAGGCACUCUCCUAGGGUCUAUGUCCUCCCCAGCCAUUGGCUUUUGAUCAUUAUUAUAGUACCAGAAUUGAAAUUUCAUCCCCUGGAGUAGGCCUUGACUACAAUUUUAAAGUAGUUACCCUUGUAACAUUUGUGGCACCAUUGCUCUUGCCUGGCAGAUCGGGAUUGCCACACGGAGGGUCCAGCACUGGGUAAGGAAGACUAUUUAUGCCUUUUCUCACCUCAGCAGCAUGCAUAGCCUCUUCGGAGAUCUUGGAAGCUAAACAGCAGCAAGGAUUUCCUAUGUCCUGCAGCCAAAGAUCCCGUGACCUUUGAGGACGUAGCUGUGAACUUCAGUCUAGGAGAGUGGGCUCUGAUGGAUUCUUACCAAAAGAAGCUCUACAGAGAUGUGAUGUUGGAAACCUUUAUGAACCUGAUCUCCAUAGGGAAGACAGAGGAAGAAAGUAUGGAUGUGAACUCCCCAGAGCCCCAGAGAAACUUGAGAAUUCAGGUGAUUGAGAAAUUCCGUGACUAUGAACAUGGUAGUCAGUGUGGAAAGACCCACCAACAGAUGACAGAGCAUGUUAAUGGGGAGAGUGACCCUGCAACCACAGUCUAUGGAAGCAGUGUGAAUGUAAAAGACAUCAGUGGUCCCUCAUCCUCAGAUACGCUCCUUAGAGGUCAAAAGGAAGAGAAACCAUACAAAUGUCAGGGAUUCGUGGAAAAGGCUAUCAAACAUGAAAAAUGUUGGAAAGACGUUAUUUAUUCUGAAUCCUUCCAGACGCUCGAGAGGGUUCCUGCCACAGAGAACAUUUGUGAAAAUAAACAAACCAAUGAAUCUUAUAGGAAUCUUACUUCUCAUCAAGUUUAUAAGAGAACUCAUACUGGAGAUAAACUACAUGAGUAUAAACAAUUUGAGAAAACCUUAAAGGGAGAAAAUUAUAUUCAAAUAUAUGAAACGAUCCAUACUGGAGAAAAACCAUUUGAGUGUAAGCAAUGUGGAGAAGCCUUUGUUAAUUCCAGUCACCUGACCAAACAUCAGAGAAUUCACAUGAGAGAGAAAACAUACUCAUGUAGACAUUGUGGUGAAACUUUCCUGUAUUCCAUGGCCCGUCAUAAUCAUGAAAAAACACACAAAAGAGAACGGAGUUUCAUAUGUAAACAUUGUGGGAAAGCAUGCAUUCAUUCUUAUCAACUUCUUCAACAUGAAAGACGUCACACUCGAGAGAAACGUUAUACAUGUGAUCAAUGUGGCAAAGCAUUUAGAAGGUCCUCAAACCUUCACAAACAUGAAAGAAUUCACAGUGAAAAGAAACGUUAUGCAUGUAAACAUUGUGGGAAGGCCUUUAUCAGUGCGGGCAACUGUUACAACCAUGAACGAAUUCACACUGCAGAGAAGGCCUAUGUUUGCAAACAGUGUGGCAAGGGAUUUACACUUUCCUCAUACCUUCGAAAACAUGAAAGAAUUCACACUGGAGAGAAGCCCUAUACAUGUAAAUAUUGUGGGAAAGCCUUCACCCAUUCUAGUGCUCAUUACAGGCAUGAAAAAAUUCACACUAGAGAGAAACCGUAUGUCUGUGUAGAGUGUGGGCAGGCAUUCACCUUUUCCAAAUCCCUUCAAAUACAUGAAAGAACUCAUACUACGAGAGAGAAAUUCUACAAGUGUAACCAGUGUGGGAAAACAUUUACAUGUUUCUUACACCUUCGAAGGCAUGAAAGAUCUCACAGUGGAAAGAAACCCAUUGGGUAGAACUUGUACCUGUGUAAGCUGUGUGUUAACUUGUUUUUGAGAAUAUUUAUUUAUCACUUAUUUGUUUAUUUUGCAUGAGGUUUGGGGCAAGGAUACACUCAUGCCUGAGUGGACAUGUGGGGAGCAGCAGACAGCUUUCUGGAUUCAGUUGUCAUAUUUUCAUUAUGUGAGUCCCAGUGAUGAAGCUCAGAUUCUCAGUCUCAGCAACAUUACCCUUCUAAGCCAUCCCACCUGCAAUUAACUUGCUCUUUUAUGAAUGACAUUUCUUAAAAAGGUUUUAUAUUUUGUAGUUUUCUGUGUGCGCUUUCUCCAAAAGACAAAUGGAUAGAUGGGGCUUGAAAGAUGGCUCAGUAGUAGUUUACCUUCUGUGCUUGCAGAGGACCUGGGUUCAAUUCACAGCACCCAUGUGGUGACUCACAGCCAUCCGUAACUCCAGUUCCUGGUGAUCUGACACCCUCUUCUGGGCUCUCAGCAUUGCAUAUACAUACAUACAGGUGAAAUGCAUAAGGUAAUAAGCCUUUAAAAGAUUGGAGAUAUACUGGGCAUAAUAUAAAACUGAUAAGUGUAAUUUUCCCCAUAUGUGCAAGCGUACAUAGACACACACCUGCUGUUGCAUCAGGCAUCAUAGUGUAUGCCUUUUAUUGCAACACUGUGGGGACAGAGGGUAAAAAAUUACAACACUGAAUAUAGUGUGAGAAUUAAGAAAAGAUCAUUUCCAACCAAAUUAAAUUGUCAUUGUUAAAACAUGAGAGAUCCAGGUGUGCUGGCACACACCCUUAAUUCCAGCACUUGGAAGGAAGGAAGAGUUAGGCAGGUCUGUCUGAGCUCCAGGGAUACUCAGACCCUGUCUGAAAAAAGGGGGUGGGGCUCUUCAGUUUAACAUAACUACUUCAAAGUCAGCCUGAGCUACAUGGAACUCAGAACAGGAAUGUUGUGAAGAGGUAAAUAUUCUAAAUUUUCCUUUAAGAUUGGAUUUGCAAAAGUGAGUGCAAAUACCAUAAGUAAAUUAACAUAUGUAAAUAAAACAUUGCUGAAGUGACCUGAAAGAAUUAAGUAAAAGUUAUGCAUGUUUAUAAUAUUUGCCUAUUCUUACUCAAGACUUCCUGAUUGUAUAAUACUUCUUUUUUCAUUGAAAGUAUAACUUAGUGAAUUAAUUUAAGUACGGUUGUACAUGACUGUCAUCCUGCUGUAUGUAACUGAGACAGGAGAGUAAACUUGAGCUUAUAUUUGAAGACCAUGAAGACCCCACCUUAAGGAGCAAAAACAAACUCUUUGAAUUGUGGUAAUGGAACUUAAGCCAAGUCAAUUGUGUUUGAGCCAGGUAAACUGAUGGUGUUUAUGGGUGGUGGUAAGUCAUGAGGUGAUGCUCUACCCUUUACUGUAGAGCUAUAUUGAGUUCAUUGAAUUGAAAUGCAUUUAUAAUCUGGCAGGCUACAUUUGUAGACACUUUGUAAAAUUGCAGUUGUUUAUCAUGUGGGUCCCAAAUGUACAUUUGGAUGUCAGGGAACAAUCUCCUUAACGCGUGAGUCCUGAAGAUAGCACUCAGGUUGUCAAGCUUAUGGGCAUAUACAUUUUUCACCAGCCCAUUAAGUAGUUUUUGAAUAGUUGUAUUUGAUGUGAGAUUGAAAAUGUAUCAGUGUUAGUUUUUUGUUGUGUGUUGUUUUGUUUUGUUUUUUAAUACAGAGUAUCCCUAGCUGUCCUGGUACAUGCUCUUUAUACCAGGCUGGGCUCAAACUCAAGAGAUCUGCCUGCCUCUGCCUCCCAAGUGCUGUAUUAUAGGCAUGUGCUACCAUAACCCAGUGUGAUGUGUAUUUUCUCCAAAUAACACAAUUUUUGGUUUUUGUUAUUUGUGUGUGUGUGUGUGUGCGCGCGCGCUAUAUAUGUGAUAUAUUUGUGGUUAGUGCAGAUGUAUAAUAAGAGUGGAGGUCAGAAGAUAACCUUCAAGAGUUGGCACCUUGACAGAUUGGAGACCUGCUUAGCCCUGCCACCAACACCAAAUAAGAUUUUUUCUUACAUUUUUUUGAGCACUGUAGCUAAUUAUAAGGAAUAUUUUCUAGUAUUAAAAAUGUUGCACACACAUUUCAACUGUUAAGAGCAUGUUAUGAUGCCUCACAGGAUCUGAGUUCCCAGAACCUGUGUGCAGCAGCUCACAGCCACAUCCAACUCCAGCUAUGCUAGAUCCAAUAUACCUGACUUCCAAGGAGACCAGCACUCAUAAUUACAUACCCACCCAAACCGACCACCAUUCAGUGUAGUUUGGUUUUGUUAUUGAGUAGUACUAAGGGGUUGAAUAUAAUUAUAUCAUUUUAAAUAAUUUUCUUACUUAGAAAGCUGUAAUGAGAGGACAUAAAUCAUAUGUACAAAUUAAUCUCAUCUCAAAAAAUGUUAGAUGCAGAAUAUGUGGGCACACUCCUUUAACCCCCAAAUUGGCAGAUUUUUGAGCUCAAGACCCACCUAGUCUACAUAGGAAGUUCCAUAAGACUGAUUUCUCAUAGGAGUUCAUAAAGUAUAUUGGAUUCUGUUUUCCAUCAGUAUCUUGUAGCUUCAUAAGACUUACAAGACAACAUUCAAAUCAGUUAUGGUAAGGAAAAAAUGUAAAUGAGAUUUGGCACACAAACUAGUGAACAUUAUUCCAUAGCCUAUACUGUUAAUGCUUCAGUUACUUGGUGUAAAGUUGGUUAAAAACAUGGAGAUUUUUUAAAUAAAGUAUUCACUGUGUGUAAUCUGUAUAGUACCAGUUUUGUCCAUGUGGACACACAGUUGUUGUAACUACAGAGAUCACUACUGCUAUUCAUAGUCAUCAGAAAGUACAAUUCAGCAUAUUGUUAUCCAACAAGAAAUUCAGCUUUAAAAGA